UUUUUUUUAUUAUGCAAUAUUUUAUAUUUUAUGCUUUGAUUUGAUUUUCUUAUAAAUUUAUAUUAAAUAUUUUUUAUUAAAUAGAAAAAUUUAUAAAAAAUAUCCAAUCAAUAUUAUAUGGCUGAUGAAGAAUCAGAUAUUCUCGGAUCGUUGGAGAAGAAGGCUUUCACGAAUUGGAUCAACAUAGUUUUAAAGGAUCACACUCCUCAAUAUGUAGUUACGGAUAUUUUUAAAGACCUUCGCUCUGGGGAGGUUAUUCUCGCUUUGAUCGAAAAAUUGACGGGACAAAAACUGCAGUAUGCUACCGGAAAUUAUCUUAAAAUCAUGGAAUACAUCGAUAACAUAGAAUUGGCUAUACGAGUCUUGGAAAAAAAUGGCGUUAAUUUGGGCAAAGUCCAGGCCUACGACAUUUUCAAGGGGAACCAUGACGUCAUUCUCAGCUUAUUGUGGAAUAUCAUUUUGAUUUUUGAAAUAAAAAUAAAGGAACCCAAAGUGUGGGAAGAAUUAUUGGUAAAACGAGAUUUUUAUAAUAAAAUGCGAAACACUAGCGAAAACAAUAGUAACCAACCAAUAGCGUCUCAAAUUCCCGAUUUCCCCCUAAAAAAUUUUUCAUUGGGUUUUCCUAAACAAGUCCUUCAAGAUUGGUGCUUAAAAUAUUGCAACAUGAUAGACGUAGACGCCUAUAAUUUUUCUCGCAGUCGACAAGAGGAAAUUUUACUUCUAUCCAACUUGAUAAAUUUUAUCGAAGAAGAACUCAAGAAAUCAUGUUCUAUUACAUCUCAUUUAGGUUCUUCAACGAAAGAUAUACGGGAUGAGGAGAUUAAUAAAGAUAAAAUCAUGCUCACCAAAUCAUCCGAAAAUUUAUCAAAACUGGGUCUUCAAUUUUCGGCCCCCUUAGGCCCAUUCAUUAAGAAUCAAAAAGUGGAUUUGGAGAGAGCCCAAUGGGUUUAUGAUAUGGUGGGCCGAAGACUAGGGAUUUCUCUCAUCAAUUUUGAUUUGCUCAAAGAAAGAUAUGACGAAAGUGCAUUGGUUCAUUUUCUGAUUCAUUUUUUCCAAGGAUAUAUAAACUCGGACACAUCAGCUCUUCAAUCUCCCCUUGGCGAAAACAAGAAAAGAGAUGUGUCUCCAAAUGAUCUUGGUAAGUUGAUAGCCAAUUUGAAAAAGGGCAUAUGCAAUAUCGUGAAUCAAGUUGAUUCAUCUAUCCCUUAUUUAGCUCAACAGGAAUUUCUCAUAUGGUCUAAAGUAUUGACCCAAAAUUCAUUUUUAAACGAUAAAAUGAGAGAUAUUUAUGAUCGUGAUACCACGGACAGCAAGCAAAUAGGUGAUGAGAUAUGGAACAACAUAGAAAAACAUUGGAUGAGUUUGGACGACAUUAAGACUAAGAUAACCAAAAAGCUAAACGAAGUCUUAUUUAAGGAUAUUUACGAUUUAUACGUAAUGACGAAAGAUAAAUAUUCAAGGGACGGACCCACUCUCACCUCAUACAGAUCAACGGAAAAUCUUUCUAUCGACAAAGAUAUUAUAAAAAAGCAAGAAUAUCUAUCAGCGAUCAAUAAAUUAAAGGAACCACAUUUGAAAUCGCCUGCCGGAAGCUUUUCAUUUCUCAACAAGCUGGCUACUUCACACAAUCUUUCUAACGACGAUUUCGCGAUAACUGACGCAGAAUCAAUUAUAAGAAUAGAUUUCAAGAAAUUGUCUCACAUAUACCAAUAUUUACUCAUUGUGGCAAAGGUCAAAGCAACGUUGAAUGUCUUCAAUAAGGUGCUUGAUAGGAGUAUGGGUAUAGGUUCGUUUUCUAAGAACUCCUCAACCGAUAUAAUUGAGCCCGACACUAAUCUCAACGAUAAUUUGAACGCCCUUCUUAAAAAUCUUAAAUCGCUAGUCAAGGAUCAUGACCAAAUUCUUCUUAAUAGUUCGAACUAUACAGAUCCGCUGUGGUCGGAAGAUAUCGUAGUUAUGGAGCAUUCUAUAGACGAUAUUCAAAUUAUCAAUGAUGCAUGGGACGUCUACAAAAGGGAUUCUAAGCUGGCUGGCCAAUGGCUCAACAACAUUAACAAUUCCAACGAACCCAUAAAAUUAAGCGAUAUCAAAUCGCACGAAUUUCUAUUCGAUGGACUGGACAGAUAUGGUAGUAUUUUAACCUCCAAUUGCUCUAAAAAAUCUUCUCCUCGCCUACACUCCAACUUUAACGAUAUUAUGGGUAGAUGGAUAAAUUUGAAGAAAGCUUUCGAAAAGUAUAGAGAUAUGGAAGAUAAAUAUUGGGAGGAGAAAUCCGAAUCUACCAAGUUAUUAGGCACUGUUACAGCUGAUGACACACGAAAUUACACUGAUACCUACAUCGAUCCAGGGACAGGCCAAGAAAUCAGUAUUAAGGGCCAAAGCAGCAAAAAAUUUGAAGAGAGCCUUAAGGAUAAAGAGGUAUUAAUCACCAAAAUAAACGAAAGAGUAGUUUUUAAACCUGUCUUGAAAAAUCCUGAUGACAAUUUACAUGAGGAUCCAGAAGAUUUUAUAAAUAAAAAGGUUUUCAAAUCGCUGUACGAUAGUCUUGUAGUGCCACAUUUGGACAAAUUUAAAAUCGGUUCAUCAGCGCCCGAUCUUAGCCAAUAUUUGUUAUUGAUUCAGGAAUUUCAAAAAGAAUCCCUGACGAAACUCCAAGAAUUGAAAAACAAAAUCAAUAAACCCGAGAACGCCGAUUUAAGAUCUCUUAUAGAUAAUAAAACAAAUCUUCUUCGAUCCAAUAUUAAAAUCUUCGAACAACUGCCAUUAUCCCGAGCCAAAGAUAUAGACGAAAAAUUGAAAAAAUGGUCGUAUUUUAUGAAUAUAGAAAAUCUAGCUGAUACCGAUCCUCAAGACCUACAAGAGUUGGCGGAUUCAUACAAGGAUAUGAUCCAUACAGUAGCCUUACCAUAUGGAGACUUUUUGAAUCAAUGCACGGAACUCUACAAUAAUAGCAACGUGAUAUACCCUCACAAUGAAGUUGAUUUUACGUACAUGAAAGACCGGCUGCAGGCCAUGCACGAUAUAUAUGACAAAAAUGUUAAGAAGUCUAACGAAUACAAUGAUUCGCUGAAGCAAAUGAUUCCUCUUUUGGCUCAUUACUAUUUCGAUUGCGAAUGCGUGUACAAGUACAUAGCGCAAGUCAAAGAAAUCUUAGCAUCCAAUUUAAAAGAAAGUCACGUUAACCUUAAGAAAUUUACGAUUAAAUUAGACGAUAAUAUUCUGACGGAUUUGGAAAGCAAUAGCCGAAAUUUGAUAUUCAUCUUACCAUCUGACCACCAAAAAAGUGCAAUUAAACAUAAAACUGAUAAAAUCGAACGUGAUUGGGAGCUUUGCAAAUUCGAAAUUAUAUUGAUAACUUUGGUUAACAGCUUCAAAGUUCACGAAGAUCGAUUGGAUAAAAUUCUCCAAAAGUUUAGGUAUGAGUUGAAUUAUGAGCAGGAGAGCUUUCAAUCCGGAAAAUUUGAAAUAUCGUCCAUUUUGGAAAGAUACAAAACAUCCUUCCCUCCAUCGACGACCCAACUUAUCGACGAAGACUUGAGUAAAAUGAAUACAACCAAAAAUGAGAUAGCAACACUAGUUAAUUCUCCCCGAUAUUUGCAAAAUUUGAAAGAUAUAGACCUGUUCAACCAAACUUUUAUUCCAAACUCCUUAUCUAUAAUCCUAGGAAAAUCAUCUAUUUUUGAAACCUUAAACUCCCAUGACAAAACCUUUCAAUUGAAUUCCAUACCUGUUAGCUUAGACAAAUUGUUGACAGAAAAAACAGAUCUAUGGCACAUGACCAAAGAACUGAUCGAAAAAUUUGGUCGUUCUCUCCAAUCGGCGCACUCCGAGCGGGAAAAAUAUUUGUCUCUUCUUACCAUUAUAAACGAUCGCUCUAAAGCUAUGGGGAUUCAAGUCAAUAAACUGCUCGAAACCCUGAAGCAAACGGGGCUGUCUAAAGGUUCAACUAAUGAAUCAAAACAAGAUCACCAGUUAAGCGAGAUAAGGAAUCAGAAGCACAAAUUGGGGGAUCUGAUUGUAAAAUUGGAGGAGUUAGACAUGAUAAUAAAUGGCGGAACUUACUCGUCCAUCGUGCCGGAUCCUAUAUCCGCGAUAGAUAGACGUCAUUUCCAGGUUCUCAACAACAAUUUGCUGGAGUUAGGCGACUUUUUGAAUGCAUUGGAAAAUAAUUAUCUCGAACUGAGAAGUAUUUCUUCAACGAGUAGCGGAUUUUCGCGUCAUAAUACCGAACAAGAAAGUCCGCUGUUACAAGGAAAUUUCGAUAAAAUUCCAUUAAACUCACCUAUGAUUUCUCAAUCUCAACACGAAAUAGGUAACGAAGAAGUCAAUGUUAACGUUCACAAACGUGUUAAAAUUGACCUACCGACAUUCGAUCUAUCGGAUCUCAAAGUUAGAUCCAUCCAAAAUACGCCUCAAGCACAAACUACACCCAAUAGAUUAGAUACGAAUAUAUCUAUUAUCCAUAGGGAAAAUACUGAUAAAAUUGGAUUGGAUGAUGAGCCCCGAUUUGAUAAGUUGAGUAAGAUGGAAUUCCGUGAUCAAGUCAAAAAAAAAGUUCCUGUGGAAGACCUUAAUGAUGAUGAUAAAAAUAAAGACGCUACUAAAAUCUUGAAGAGAGCUGAUUUUUCCGUUAAAUUUUCGGACAUAGGUGAUGUGCAUUCCAACGUGGUUGAGCUGAAUUCUCAAAAGCGCUUAAAGGAAAACCAGACGUUACCUUCACAAACAACACAACUACCAUCUAAUGAAUCCAUCGUUUCUAAAGCUAAACUCGAUAAGCCUGAUGCUUUACAUCCGAUUACUCAACUAUCGACUGAUAAAAUAUCUACUUUCGAACUUCCUCACAGUGACAAACCGAUCCAAGAUGACAAACCAUCUUUAUCACUGAAUUCUAACUUCAACAUGAAGGCUAAAACUGCCGAUACAAUCGAAAAAUUUACGAGCAUGACACACGAGUUUACGAACGCACCCAACGUAAAGAGUUCUAAAGAAUACGAACAAUUAUUUUUACCUGAUAUUAGAGUUUGGGCAGGAGCUACACAGGAGGAUUUGGAUAAAAUUGAACAAAUAAAACCCAAUACACGAAUAUUUCAGAAGGAAGCUACACCUACUUUUCAAACCGAAAUGCCAAUCAAUAUAGAAUUGAAGCAUGAUCACAACGGACGUAAGUAUGCCAAAAAUAUCGAAGAAAUUGUCGUAAAAAAACCCGAGCCAUCUAUAUCUCCUACUGAUCUAGUAAACGCCGAUAUUUUGACCAAGAAUUUAAACAAUGAAAAGAAAAUUCUUCUCAACAAUAAAGAACAUAUGACUGUUCAUGGCCUUAAAGUCGACAAUCAACCCCAAAAUUCUUCAAAUAUUAAUAAUAGUGUAAGCAAUCUUUUAUGCCUCAAGGAAACAUUGCCACUAGUUGUAAAUUCUGACGCUAAUAAACUCCGAGAAAAUGUCUCAAUAAGUGUAUCGCCUAUCGUAGGACUCGAUAAAAACUUGGCCUUUGAUAACCUUCCCAAGACCAACGUUGCACAAAAUCACACAGGCUUGGAUAUUUAUAAAGCGCCGCUCGUUGACGAAAAAGGGAGACAGUUGCCUCUACCCAAUAUCAGCAGUGAUCAAAAUAUAUUCAAGCCUUCAACCAAAUUACAUGGCCCAAAAACUGACGAUGCAAUAAUUAAACUACCUAAGGAAAUAUCUAUUAAAAACGAUGUUUUUCUGGGCCAACCUAUAGAGAAUAAAAUGAAUCAGGAUAACCAAAAACCCGUCGUUGAUAAGGAGAAAUUCCGAGACAGGGGCGUAUUGAAAGAAAAGAAAGAACUCGAAGCCAAGAUAACACCUAAUAUUUUAAUGACCGAAGAAGAAGACUCGAAUAAAGAUCAUAUUAAAAAGGAUUUGGCAGGUAAACCGAUCGAUAUUUCCCGAGUCGAGUCAGGGGGUACUUUGAAGAAAGAGGAUAAUGCAUUAAACACCAUACUCCACUCUGCUGGCUUAAUCAAUUACCCGUCAAAGGAGGUUGUUUCUGAUCCUUUACACAAACAACCCAAAGAAGAUCGCUCAACAAGUAAAGAACCCGACUUUAAAGGCAAUCAAUCAUAUCCAGAAAUGGGAGAGCCCACUUCGCGAGAACCUAAACAAACCGAUAAUAUUCAAAAUGAUAGUCCUAUUGAUGAGCAACACAAGAAAUCUGAGGGCUCUACUCUCAGUCAAGCGGGAAAACCAGUUUUAGAGGGUAUACAAGGAUCUCCGGAAACAGGAAUUAUCGAGCAAUCAAAUCUUGACCAACCUUCUCCAAUUCUUAAUAUGAAAUCGGAAGAAGAGCCAAACGUCACGAAAGAGGACCCAUUUGUUAUCUACUAUCAUCAAUAUGGCGAAACGCAUAACCCUGUUUCUACAGAACUUAAGGAAGAUGUUAAUAAAAUUCCAGAAGAAACAAUAAUGACAGAUUAUGGAACCUAUACGAAUGAGGAACAAGAGCCGGUGCCACUUGAAGAUGUGAUACCCGAGGAUGGCGAUAAAAAUUUGACGAUUAAUUUUGAAAAUUCUAGCCCUUUGAGUGUUGAUGAAGAUAAAAGAAAAAAACGAUUAGGAUUGGAAUCGGGUCCAGAUUAUAAAGUCGUGUAUUUAGUUGAGACAAAAGAUAUUAAAGGUAAAGAAGAUCUCGAAGUCGAAUCAGUUGACCAUGACGAUGUUAAUUUCGAAAAUAUAAAAUAUAAUCAGCCAAUUAUAGAAAAUGACAGUAAGAUUAAAAAACUCGAUAAUGUCGAUAAGGGUAAAAGGGGGGUUGAUGAGGCGAUCUCGACCAAAUCUAUAAAACCAAGCAACGAUGAUAUUCCACCUAACCAGAUUUAUUCGGAGACUAGUCCUGGUGAGGAGAGUCAACCUCGUAUAGACGUUAGUAAAGUUGAACAAGUUGAUGACGAUCAUUACCCUAUUACAAAUUACAAUGUUAAAAAAGCGGAUUCGCUAAUCAAAAGUCCGAAUCAAAUAAUUAAUGAUGGCGAUAAUGGAGUAAUCAGAGAUUACAAAUCAAUUGAUAAUUAUUCUGAAAACCUUACAAGUCAUAUAUUGCCUCAUUCAGCUCAGCUUAAUCAAGACUCCGGAAAAAUUAUUAACCAAGGAGGUAUACAAAAAAGUAUAGAUAACAUAUCACUUAGGAGUCAAAAUGACGAUAAUAUAAUCCUGGCAGAAGUCAAUAGAAAUGUUAAGAUAGAAAAGAAUCACGUUCAUGAUACGCCUACAGUUAGCUCAGACUUAGGAAUUGAUAAAAAUGAGGAUGAAGUAAAAUCCCUAGAUGAUAUAUUAAAACAAAAGAAAGAACCUGAUGCUGAAAUAGCUGACUCUAAUAUUUUAAUAACCGAUAAAAGCGACUCGAAUAUAGAUGGCAUUAAAAAGGAUUUGAUAGGCAAACCGAUCGAUACUUCUAUUGAUGAUAAGUCCAGAGUCGAGUUAGGCGGUACUUUGAAGAAAGAGGAUAAUGUAUUAAACAAUAUACUUCUCUCUGCUGGCUUAAUCAACGAAUCAAAGAAAACUGUUUCAGAUCUUAUACACAAACAACCUAAAGAAGAUCGCCCAAUAAGCCUUGAACCAGGGUUUAAAGACACACAGCCAGACCAAGAAAUGAGAGAAACCACUACUGGAGAGAUUGAAAAAACCAAUGAUACACAAAAUGAUAGGCAUAUGGAUAAGCAAAACAAGAAAGUCAAAGACUCCCUAACUUCAGAUCAAAAGGGAAAAACAGUUUUAGAUGAUAGACAAGGAUCUCCGGAACAGGAAUCGAUUGAGCAGGCAGCGUUUAACAAACCUUCUUCUAUUCUUAGGGGAUCGGAAGAAGAGUCUAAAAAUAAAGCAGAUCCAUUUGGUAUCUAUUACUAUCAAUAUGGCGAAACGCAUAACCCUGUUUCUACAGAACCUCAGGAAGAUGUUAAUAAAAUUCCAAAAGAGUCAAUAAUGACAGAUUAUGGAACCUAUACGAAUGAGGAACAAGACCCUACGCCACUUGAAGAUGUGAUACCCGAGGAUGGCGAUAAAAAUUUGACGAUUAAUUUUGAAAAUUCUAGCCCUUUGAAUGUUGAUGAAGAUAAAAGAAAAAAACGAUUAGGAUUGGAAUCGGGUCCAGAUUAUAAAGUCGUGUCUUUAGUUGAGACAAAAGAUAUUAAAGGUAAAGAAGAUGUCGAAGUCGAAUCAGUUGACCAUGACGAUGUUAAUUUCGAAAAUAUAAAAUAUAAUCAGCCAAUUAUAGAAAAUGACAUUAAGAUUAAAAAACUCGAUAAUGUCGAUAAGGGUAAAAGGGGGGUUGAUGAGGCGAUCUCGACCAAAUCUAUAAAACCAAGUAACGAUGAUAUACCACCUAACCAGAUUUAUUCGGAUACUAGUCCUGGUGAGGAGAGUCAACCUCGUAUAGACGUUAGUAAAGUUGAACAAGUUGAUGACCACCAUCACCCUAUUACAAAUUACAAUGUUAAAAAUGCGGAUUCGGUAAUCAAAAGUCCGAAUCAAAUAAUUAAUGAUGGCGAUAAUGAAGUAAUUAGAGAUUACAAAUCAAUUGAUAAUUAUUCUGAAAACCUUACAAGUCAUAUAUUGCCUCACUCAGCUCAGCUUAAUCAAGAGUUCGGAAAAAUUAUUAACCAAGAUAAACGAGAAAACAUAGAACCCAUGUCCCAUAAGACUCAAAAUGAAGAUAAUAUAGUGGUAAAGGACAAAUCAAAACAAAGGAAGGAACAUAGCGCUGAAAUGGCUCACCCUGAUAUUUCAAUAGCCGAUAAAGGUGACUCUAAUAUAGAUCAUAUUAAAAACGAUUUGGUAGAAAAACCAAUCGAUACUCAGAUUGAUAAUAAGUCCCGACUUGAGUUAGGCGGUACUUUAAAAAAAGAGGAUAAUGUAUUAAACAAUAUACUCCUCUCUGCUGGCUUAAUCAACCAAUCGAAGAACACCGUUUCCGAUCUUAUUCACAAACAACCCAAAGAAGAUCGCCCAUUGAGCCUAGAACCAGACGUUAAAGACACACAGUCAGACCAAAAAACGAAAGAAGCCACUUAUGGAGAGAUUAAACAAACUAAUAAUAAUACUCAUAAAGAUAGUGAUAUUGAUCAGAAAAAUAAGAAAAUUGAGGACUCCUUUACUACAGGUCAAGCGGGAAAUGGAGUCUUAGAUGUUAUGCUAGGAUCUCCAGAAAAGGAAAUUAUUGAGCCAUCAGCUUUUGACCAACCUUCUCCGAUUCAUAAGAUAAAAUAUACAGAAGAGCUCUUCCAAAAAAGAGUAAAUAUAGAUGUCAUGCCACUUAAGUCUAUGAGUGAUGAUUUACCAUUAAUAGAAGAUAAUCGAAAUGUUGAGAUAGAAAAGCAUUACAUUCCUGAGACACCCAAAUUUGAGGAAGUUGAAAUAUUAAAUAUAAGCUAUCCAGAACCUAACAAAAGUGAACUAUAUCACAAGACCUUUAAACAUGAUGUACAUAGAGAUCAUAAAAAUGAUAUAGACAAGAAUAUUAAUCAGGUACCUUAUGCCCUUUACAAAACAGAAGAUAAAGCUAUCAAGGAACAUGAAAAUUCUAUACUUGAAAAUAAAAAAAAAUUGAUGUUAGGAAAGGAAGAGCAACCUCAUUGGCAAUUAAAUGCACCAUCUUCUCAUCUUGGUCCUUCUGAUUUAGAAAAUAAACAAGAUGUUACUAUUCCAAUAACUACUACUGACUUUAUACUGACUAAAGAUAAUCGAAAUGCUAAGUUAAAAAAGCAUCAUAUUUCUAAAACGCCCACAAUCGAAAAAGUUGAUAAAUCAUUGAAGAAAAAUAUUAAUCCACAACUAAACAAAGGUGAACCAUUUCACAACGCCGCAAAACACGAUGGACAUGAGGAUCACAAAAGUUAUGCACACGAGAACAUUAAUCAGGUACCUUAUGACCCUCUCAAAGUUAAUGAUAAGAAAAAAGAACUUAAAUCUACGAAGAAACAUGGAAAAGCUAUACACGAAGACAAAAAAUCCUUGAGUAUUGAGAAGAGUAAAAUUUCGCAAGCACCAUCUAAAUUUGAAAAAAACACUGAAGAUGAGUUUGUUAAUAUUAUACAUUCUGAAAAACUAAUCCCUUCGGGUAAAACUGUGCACAAUCAACAUCUUGAUCGUAAAUUAGAUGCCUUGAAACAACUCACUGAUGAACACAGGUUAUCCAACACUGAAAUCGAUAAAAAUCAUAGUGUGAAUGUUUCUGCAAUAAAAAUAAAUGAUGAUCUCAAACAUCCUCAAUCUUCUGAAAUUCCUCGCGAUGUUUCAAAUAGAGACAGACACACAGGAAAUGUUAUAACAGGAAAAUCUUCUCAUAGUACUAGCAAUAAUACAUCUUCUAAAGGCUUUCGUAUUUAUAAAGAACGUUCUACUGAUAACCAGUACGAGGAGCAACCUCAUUGGCAAUUAAAUGCACCAUCUUCUCAUCUUGAACCUUCUCAUUCCGAAUUUAAACAAGAAGUUACAAUUCCAAAAACUACUACUGACGUUAUAUUGACCAGAGACAAUCGAAAUGUUAAGUUUAUUAAGCAUCACGUUCCUAACACGCUCACACUUGAGGAAGUUGAAAAAUCAUUGAAAAAAAGUUCUUGUCUACAACCUAACAAAAGCGAACCAUCUCACAACGCCCCUAAACACGAUGGGCAUGAGAAUAAUAAUCAGGUAUCUUAUGACCUUCCCAAAGUAAAAGAUAAAAAGAAAGAAUAUAGGGGUUCGAAGGAACAUGAAAAGACUUCACAUGAAGACAAAAAAUUUUUGAUUGCUGAAAAGAGUAAAAUUACGCAUCCACCAUUUAAAAAUGCAAAAAACACAGAAGACGAGCUUGUUAAUAUAAGGCAUUCUGAAAAACGAGCUGAUAUUUUAAAAGUUGACAAUCAACAUCCUGAUCUUAAAUCAGGUGUUUUCAAACAAUCCACCGAAAAUAUUAAACCAAAUGUCUCUAACACGGAAAUAAAAUAUGGCGAUCAAGGUCUAAACAAAGUUGACAAUUCUUUCGACAAAACAAUCAGACGAAAAUCCAGUACAUACAAAUUAGAUGACACCCAAAAAAUAUAUGUAUUGGAAGAAAAUGAUUCAGAAGAUAACAUAGAGUCAUAUUCUACUUUAAAAUAUCCUGAAACUCUUGCAACCUCAUACAAUGACGCACAAUCACUUCAAACCGAUAAGCAUGGGGGGAAAAAUAUGCCACAAAAUGAUAAAAUUAUUUAUUCUGAUCAUCCUCAUAAGGACGUAAAGAAAACAAAUUCAGCUCAAAUUCAUGAGAAAUUAUUUACGGAUGAGCAUAAAAAAGAAUCGCAUUCAAAAGUUACCAUGAAUAUUCCGGUUAAUGAAGCAAAUGAUAGUAGCACUUUCAAUGCCACUUUAUUAACUAACACGAAUGCCGACCAUACAUUACCUAAGCUUGAUAAGGAACUGUAUUACGAUAACAAACCUAUUCCUCCUGAGUUAGAUGGUAUGCCGUUGUCCAUUAUAAUAGAACAGUUGGAUGAUAAAAAAGGGCGCCAUUACAUUUCUCCGUACAACGAAGACGCAUCCCUUGAUUCAUUAUCGUAUGAAGGUGGCGAUGAAUCGGUCGAUCUAAUGCACAAGGAUGACAGAAAUCACAAAUUGAACAGAAAGAUACCCGUGAUCACUGAAAAAGAACACGAUAAAACUGGUCCGCAUCACAAUAUAUCGCACGUUACAAAUGAGAAACAAUAUCAUCCUGACCAUACAACUCCAGACCAUGCACCUACCCUCAUUCAGCCCAGAUCUCAUGACAAGAUCAAAUACGAUGACAAACCGGACAUCUCAAUUCAAGGGUUUAAACAACCUCCAACUCUGGAUAAAAUUGACGAUUUCAUACCCGAUAGAGUUAUGGUAAAAAGACAUCAAGUGCCCUACGAUAAAACUCACAAUGAUACCUUAAUUGCAUCAAACAUAUGGCCUAACUUGAGGGACGAAAUUGGCGUGCCUCCUAAAGACUCCAAAAUUCCCUUCAUCCAAAUGGGCGAAAGAACUACGCAUUUUAAACCCUCGGUGAACAAACACAAAAACCAUUUUAAUAAUCGACAUCAUGCUCACAAGGAAAAUGAAUCCGGAAUUUUGAAAUCGGUGGGUUCCGAUUUUACCGAUUAUUUGGAUUACAAUGAUGCAGAUUAUAAAGUGGAGCAAUAUAACAAAAGUGAAAUUGAUAAAGACUUGAAUAAGCUUCACGAUUCCUCUAGUUUUAAUAAAAAUUCGAAAUCGAGUAAUGAUCAAAAGGAAGCAAAUCUUCACUUGCAGUUUGUUAAUCCUUUUAGUAAAAAUAAGACUGAGAAAGUUAUCGAUACCUUUGAUCAAAAUUCUAACAUUAUUCCUAAAGAGAAAGUAAAAUCUCAAAGAAAUAAAAAACGUUCUCAAAAGAACCAAAAAACAGUUCCUGAAAACAUUCACAGUUUACCCGAUAACGUAAUAUCUUCCGAAGAUGUGGUAUCAAGCUCAGAAGAAGAACCCAUUAUUGUUCCAGGAUCCUCAAAGUAUGGAGCUCAAAAUUUUAAAAUACCUAACUAUUCCUCUAUCAAACAAACUCCCAGCAUCGAUAAAACCCGAAAAAUGAACACCGAAAAUGUAGCUGAUAAUAUCGAGAAAGCUCCUAUUAAUAUAAAUUCAACGGUCGAAAAAGUCAAUAAAACAUCACAUGUUCCACUCACUAACAUUCUUGAUAACACGGCCCAUGCGAAACCAGUUAGAGUCAGCAAAAAAUCCAAGAUUCCUCAUUUAUCUCAUAAAAUUGACCAUGUAUCAAAGGAAAAUACAAGCCUUCCAGUCAAAAUUAAAACAUUUUUAGACGAAUCUAGCUUAAAAGAUACAUUAAAAAUAUUGGAGAGUCAUAAAUCCGACCACAAAAUGGUCGGAGUGCCACAAAGUCAUAAUGAAAAAAUAUUAUCUGAUAGCUUCGAAGUUUAUUUAGACAAUAAGUAUCAUGAAAAUAAACCAAUAUAUUUACACAAUCAAGUAUCAGAAAACAUUAUUAACCAAGAUAUACCAGAAAAUAUCGAUGCCAUGCCACUUAAGCCUACCAAUGACGAUUUACUAUUAGGGAAGGACAAUAGAAAUGUUAAGAUAGAAAAACAUCACAUUUCUGAGACGCCUACAGUCGAGGACGUUGAGACAUCGCUGAAAAAAAGUAGCUAUCCCGAUCCUAACAAAGGAGAACCAUCACACACCGUUUCCAAACACCACAAGGACCAUGAAGAUUAUGUACACGAAAACAUUUAUCAGAUACCAUAUGACAUUCCCAAAGUUAAAGAUAAGAAUAGGCAAGAUAAAGCUACAAAGAGGCAUGAAAAGGCUAUUCAUGAAGAUGAACUCAAAGAAUCUUUGAUAAUCGAAAAGAAUAAAAUACUGCACGAAGAGGCCAAAAGGAUUGAAGACGAAAUUGUUGAUAUUAAACAUUAUAAAAAACGAAAUGAUUCUUUUGGUUUCGUUGAUAACAAUCAACAUUUUGAUCUUAACUUAGGUGCUUUCAAAGCCUCAUUAGGAGAUAUUAAACAUGAGGUCUCUAAUACCAAAUCAAAAUAUGUCAAAGAGAAAGAUGAUAAAACUCAAAGUUAUACGAAUUUCUUAUAUAACCCAUUACAUAUAAAAAGAGAUCAGAGAAACCUUCAUGCUUCUGAAUACUCUGACGAUUUGCUUAAGAACGGACAAGUCUAUGAAGUUAACGAAAGGCUUUCCAAGCAAGAGCAGCCCCAUUUACAAUCCAAUACCUUUAACAUCGAAUUUAACGAAAAUGUUAACAAUCAACUAUCUUCCAACGAUUCUGAUUCUAUUUUAUUGGAAAAGGAUAAUAGAAACACCAAAAUUGAAAAUAGAAUUCACAUCCCUGAAACGCCUACAGUCGAAGAAAUUGAAAUAUAUUUGAAAGAAGAAUCUAGACAUUCUAAACCUAACAAAAAUGAACCAUUACAUGAAACUUUAAAGCACGGCGGGCAUAAGGAUCAUAUAAAUUAUGUCUAUGAGAAUAUUAAUCAGGUGCCUUAUGAUCUUCCCAAAGUAAAAGAUAAGAAAAAAGGUGAUAAAGCUACCAAAAGGCAUGAAAAAGCAAUCCUUCACGAUCAACAACAUAAAAAGUUGGUUAAUAACAAUACACCAUUUAAAGAUCCCGCGGAUAUCGAAAGUUUUAAUAAAUCGUCUACGAAAUCGAAAACCACUGCCAGUUCACAUCACGAUCAAUCAGAUGAUAAAAUAUUUGAUUAUUUGGGUAAGGUAACAAAAGACAUUUUAUAUCAAGCACAACAUCAUGCCCAUUUUCCUGACUAUAGCAUUAAUAAAAAGGAAAAAUUACAUAUGAAGGAAAAAACCCCAAAUCAAGAGCAUCAUAGGAACACUAAAAAAUCCAAUGAACCGAACUCUACUAUUUUUCAAUCAAUUGAGUCCAAACAGCCCCUUCACGAAGACACCAAACAUGAUUCUACUCACUAUCUAACGAACGAUCAAAAUGGUGAACUUCAAUCAAAUGGUUUUCAAGCUGACAAAGGUCGCUUUAGGUAUUAUAAACAUGUUGAACAACAGCCUCAUUUACAAUCCAAUAUAAUACCUUCAUCUAAACUUGAAACAACUUACUCCGAAUUUAACGAAGAUGCCACUAUUCCGUUAAAUAAUAUUGGCAAUGCUUUUAUAUUGGCUAAGGACGAUAGAAAUACUAGGAUUGAAAGACAUCACAUUCCCGAGACUCUCACAGUCGAAGAAGUUGAAACAUCAUUGAAAAAAUCUAGUUAUCCUGAGCCUAACAAAUUAUCGCACACCGUUUCUAAACACCAUAAGGAUUAUGUGCACGAAAAUAUUUAUCAGAUAUCUUAUGACAUUCCCAAAGCAAAAGAUAAGAAAAAGCCAGAUAAAGCUACAAAGAGGCAUGAAAAAGCUAUUCUUGAAGAUGAACUCAAAGAAUCUUUGAUAAGUGAGAAAAAAAUACUGCACGAAAAUGCAAAAAAAAAUGAAGACGAGAUUGUUGAUAUUAAACAUAAAAAGCGAAAUGAUUCUCCUAAUAACAUUAAUAACAAUCAACAUAUUGACCUUAACUUAGGUGCUUUCAAACACUCAAUUCAAGAUAUUAAACCUAAAGUAUUUAAUACCAAAUCAAAAUACGACAUUGAAUUGAAAUACGAGAAAACUCAAAAUUCCACGAAUCCCGCAUAUAACACAUUACAUAUAGAAGGAGAUCCCAGACACCUUCAUGCUUAUAAAUAUUCUGAUGACUUGCAUAUGGACGAACAGGUCGAUGAAGUUUACGAAGAACUUUCCAAGCAGGAGCAGCCUCAUUUACAACCCGAAUUUAACGAAAAUGUUGACAAACAACUGCCAGCCUACGAUUCUCUUUUACUGAUCAAGGACAAUAGAAACACCAAAAUUAAAAAUAGAAUUCACAUCCCUGAAACGCCUACAGUAGAAGAAAUUGAAAUAUCUUUGAAAGAAUCUAGUUAUUCCAAACCUAACAAAAAUGAACCAUUCCACAAUGCUCAUAAACACGGUGCGCAUAAGGAUAAUAAAAAUUAUGCCUAUGAGAAUAUUAAUCAGUUACCUUAUGAUCUCCCAAAAGUAAAACAGAAGAAAAGAGAAGAUAAAGCUACCAAGAGGCAUGAAAAGGCUCAACAACAUAAAGAGUUGGUUAAUAAUAAUACAUCACUGAAAGAUACCGCUGAUAUUGAAAAUUAUAAUAAAGAAUCUGCCAAAUCUAGAACCACCUUUGGUUCACAUCACGAUCCAUCAAAUGAAAAAAUAUUUGAUUAUUUGAGUAAAGUAACAAAAGAUAUUUUAUAUCAGGCAAAACAUCAUGCCCAUUUUCCUGACUAUAGUAUCAAUAAAAAAGAAAAGUUAAAUAUGAGGGAAAAAGACAUAAAUGAGGAGCAUCAUAAAGACGCUAAAAGUUAUAAUAAACCCAAUGCUACUAUUUACCAAUCAAAUGAGCCCAAACAUCUCGUUCUUGAGGACAUUAAACAGGAUUUCAAAGAUUCGAAUUAUUCCGAAUAUCCUCACGAUCGAAUGAACGAUACACAUGGUGAACUUCAAUCUGAUGCCUUUGAGGUUUACGAAGGACGUUCUAAUCGCCAUGAUCACCAUCAACAGCACUUUAAUUCACUAACCAAACCUAAUAAAGUCUAUGACUCAGAUUUCUAUAAUAAUGAUACUUUUCCUAUAACACUUGAUGAUGAGUCUCUGCUCUUGAUCAAGGAUGAUCGGAAUACUAAGGUUAUAAAGCACGAAGUAACCGAGACACCAACAACUGAUAUGGCUGGAACAGAUCCAACGAAGCAUUUGAGUGAUAAAGCGACACAUGGCACGACUAAAAAUACUAUUAAAGAUGUAAAGAAUUACAUGUACGAGAAUAUUAAUCAAUUGCCUUACGAUCUUACCCAUACGAAAGACAAGAAAAAAGAAGACAAGGCUACACAAAGGCACGAAAAAAUUAUACUUGACAAUGAACACAAAAAAUCUCACGAUAAAACAAUGAAAUCACAUGAAUCAAUUUUAGAUUAUCCUCACAAAAAUUUAACUACUCCUAGAUCUAAAGCUGAGAAAGAAAUUUUAAUUCAGUUUGGGCCAUAUGACAAAGAUAGUACUCACCAAACUAUAAAUAAGAAAGCCUAUAAAGAUGAACGUCAAACACACAAACUCGACAAUGAUAAAAUUCAUUUAGACAAUGAAAGCCAGCACGAAAUCAAACCUCGUGAAUCGCAAUAUCUAAGACAAUCUGAUUUGUUUAUAGACAAAAGUACACCUAACAUUGCUGUUCAUCGCUUUCCUCCCUUACAGGUUAGAAUAUAUUCUGGAACCAAAAAUGUUGUAGAUACUCAUUUAGAUAAAUCAAAUCAAUCUGAUGCUGAUGUCAGAGGUGAGCAUAACAAGAUGUUUGAUGAUUUAUCUAGACUUGUCUUGGAUGAAGACGACAAAUUUAACGAUAAAAAAUCAAAAUCUGAUGAUAAAUUUACCUCGCCUUUAAAUCAAACCUAUCCCAUAAAAGAAAAGGCGGAUCACUUUAUGCCACAUUUAGAAGUCGAUAUUGACAAAGUUCAUAAUAUACAAACACCUAACAUGAAGCCCCUCGUUUUUGAAAUUGACUCUUCCGAUAAUGAUCGCGUUAAAAAUUCGAUCAAAUUUCAUAAACUUGAUAAUCUUCCAAAUGAUGUUAAACCAAAUAUCGAUCAAACACAAUCCGAACCUUUUAAUGAUAAAAAUUAUGAACCUACUAGCAUUCUACUUCACAAUCAGAGUCAGGUGUCUGAUAAAGAAAAAAUUAUUCAAAAUCAUCAAGAGCGGACUAAAAAUCUAUUUAGCAAUAUUGAUUAUUCGAAAGCUACUCGGGAUUUAAACGAUCUCUCAAACGUAAACUUGCAGGACAUUAAUAUUAAACUCAAGAAUAUUUUGAAAACCCCAAGAUCCGUUAACGAUGAUCCUAACGUUCGCCAAGAAAUCAAACGUUUAAUUCAUCUUUCUAAAACAUUAAUGUCUCCUAAAAAUGAUCAUACGAACGAAAGAGAUUUAGAAAAUGAAUUGCCAGCCUCUGCGAAAAAAUUAAAAGACGUAAUUCACCUCCACGAAAAUGCCAACAAAAUUCAAGCUUUGUUACCUAAAGGAGCGAAUGAUCAAGAUCUAUCCUUAGCACAAUCUCUUGUUGAAAUUCGAGAUCAAUCGAAUGCUCUCAUUCCAGCCUUAAAGAAUGAGUUGGAAGGGAUCAAAGAUAUAAAUGUAAAGUUAUCUAACUUGCAGUCAGCGCUUAAAAUGGGGGAGCAGAUAAUCGAUUUUAUAUCAGAUGGUGAAUCGGGUGAUUCUAAAUUACCGACCGCCAUAGGAUUAAAGGAAAUUGAGACGAACUUCAAAAAAAUCGCCGAUCCUAAGGAUAUUCACAAGAUAAAAGAUCAGAUAGGAGCACUUAUUUCGGAUCUUAAACCUAGGGUUUCCGCUAUAACCCAGCAAAAUGAAAUCUUAUUAAAAGAUUUUUACGAUAGCAACAUUAAAUUAAGGCAAUUAUCGAAAGGUAAAGAUCACGCCAAAGUUUAUAACCAAGAGUUGGAACAAGAGUUCGAUGCCAAAUAUGUCGACGCGAAACAACGGGCUAAUCGGGUGAAAGAAACUUUGAAUCAAAAAUUAGAGCAGUUAUCCAAAAUAGACGACAACCUAAAUGCGAUAAUCUCAUUUUUCGAACAAUUUUAUUCUCACAAUCAGGAAAUAGAGGAUUGGAUUGGCACUGCAGAAAAAGUACUGGAAGAUCCUGAUAAAUCUACGAAAGAGAAGAUUUCUUUACUCCCUAAGCUUCAGCGAGAAAAUAUUUCUUAUCAAACCUUAAUGGACGACUCGGAACACGCCUGCGAUCGCGUAUUAGAUCAUAAUACUAAAAUGUUCGAUAACGUAAAACUCGACAUUACUAGCAUGAAAGGAAAGCUGGGAGAGGUGGAAAAGAAAAUAUUAAACACUAUUGGACAUCAAACUCGGUUGAAUAAUUUGGAGAAUGAUGUAACUAAGGAUUUGAAAAAAAUUGAAAAGUCGCUCAAAAAUUGUCAGGAUCUGGGCGUUAAAAAUAAGCUGUCCAACCUUUACCAAUCUCUGAUGAUCAAUAAACCCCAGUUUGGGAAAGAGGAUAUAGCACGACUCAACACCUUCUUGGACAUUUACAAAAAAAUCAUUUGUGAACUCGAACCUAGCAAGCUCCUAUUGAUUGGAAUACACAAAAAAUUGGAGGAUGGUGGUGCUAAGCCUGGAGAUAUUAAAAACCUUCGCCAAGCAGUCGAUGGAAUAACUAACGAUGCUAAAGCUUUUUAUCAAAAAGGUCAAGAUGUGAUAACUUCUCUCAGUGACAAACUUCUAGGUGGAUACAAAAAGGAGAAAAUGGACAUAACUCUUAAAUUGAAGACGUUCGAUGACAAUUUGAAUAAUCUGGAAGACCAAUCCAACAUUCCCGACCCAACCAUAGAUUCAGAAAGAUUGCAGUCACCCCUAAAGGAAUUAGAAGCUUUGAAGACCAGAGUUGACGAGAUAUACUCAAUAUAUUUGAAUACACCCGCUUUGUCUCGUCUUCAAGAUUAUCACGACAAACUAACCUUAGACCCUAAAUCUUCUUCAAAUGUUUCGCAAGUUUCUAUCGAAACUCCGACAGAAAUAAAUUCUAUAAGCGAAAGGCUGAUUCCCGAGAUCAAACAUGAUAUAACCAUUAUUAGGGACAAGGUGGCAACUAUAUCCAAUCGUUACAAAAAUUUGCAAAGUAAACUUGAUCUGACACUUAAAAAUACAAAGAACUACGGUGGGAAGCUGACGAGAUUGGAAAAUGAUUUAAUCAAAGAAGCUCAAAAGUUUUCUAACAUUGACAAAGGAUUUGACUACGAUUCAUUAAACGAUAAAUUGAAUGCCGGGUUAAGACCCGCUUUAGAAAAUUAUGUUGUCACUUAUAUUCCAAUAUUCAACGAAUUGGAAUGUUUGGCCCUUUCUCUCCCUUCACCUAAACCUGAUUCAACCAAUUACGAAGAGAUAGUCAAUCCCUUAGCUAAAGUCAAAAACCUGAAGGACACUUACUACGAACCCACUAUAAAGUGGGUCGAAUCUCGCCUUGAAGGGGAAAAGGGGUUAGCGGAGAAAGCCGAUUUAUUAUUCUCCGAGGUUAAACUAUUAUUGGAUACGAAUGGACGUGAUAUGAAACCCUUUAGAGAAUUGGUAAUCGCUCUCAAACAUCUCUUAGCACCUAAGCAGGGGAAAGAUGACUUAGAUAGCUUUGAACUGCUUCCCCAAAAUAUCAAGCCUUCUCGUCCACUUAUACCUGACAACCAAGGUAACAUUGUACAACUCAGUCAAUCCCCUUCAAAAAGAACUAUUAAAGGAGGAGAAAUGGUUUUUCAAAUAGAUCACGACUCCGCUACGGAUUCCGAUUUCGAAACCGAAAGAAGAAGAAGGUCUUCGGGAGCUGACAGCGGUUUGAGUUCUCCUAUGGAUAUCGCGCCAACAGGCAAUUUCGCGUUCCCUUCCCGACUGAAUUCCAAAUUGGUUCCUUUUCUUAAAGCAGGCAAACAGUUUAAUGAUAUAAGUUUGGAGGACGUGCUUAAAUAUAUUACAAAUAUCCAGAAUGAAUAUUGGGUUUUAGCCCGUCCACUAAUCGAUACUCUACAAAGAUUUUCUGGUAAUUUAAGUUGCCACGAAAACGUGAAUAUGCAAGAUUUAAGCGAUAGAAAUAAGGUGGAGGUAAAUACGAAAUUUGAACGUAUACUUAAUGCUUACCCGCAAAAUGAUAAAGAUGCAAAAAUGGGUGAAUAUGAUAAAAAUAUAAAAGUAGGAAUUAUUGGGAUUAAACCUGAAGCAGAUUCUGCAGCUAAAAAAAUGAAUGUACAUCCUAGCGUUUUAUGUGUGAUAAAGGAAUUAGAUGAUUAUUCCUAUAGGUUGAAGCAAGCCUUUUCGGAUAUGAACUCUGAUACGCAAGAAUAUUUGGAUCUCAUAAAGAUUUUAAUCGAUAAAAAAUUGGCAAAAAUUGAGAAAUCUUUACUUUCCGCUAAACAUGACCAACAUUUCGUAGCUUAUACACAAAAAGCCGUCUUCGAACCUAUUCAAAUCAAAACUCUGGACAAUUUAAUGAAUUACCGGGCUAAAAUAUUGCUAGAAAACGAAGAUACUAUUUUUGCUGAAAAUUUAUUAGACAAAAUGGAAAAUCAAAUCACCGAAGUUCCGCCAUUACAUGGAAUUUACGAUGAUAGGAUUGCAAAUCUCAGAAAAAUUAUCCAAUCGCAUCUAAAUUAUUUUGAAAAAAGGUUGAAAGACACCGAGCUUACCGUAACGCGGUAUAAAGAUAAUCAUAAACGUGUGGAAGCCUUUAAAAAUGAUGCCAAAGAUAUUUUGAUCGGGCAAAAGAAAUUAAAACCCAUUAGUUCGAAUCUGGAUUCGCUGAAAGCACUCAAAGCCCACGCCGAAAAACUAAUUUCCGAUAUGGAAGACAUCAAUAACGACGAUUAUUUCUUUACUAAUGAAGCAAAGGACCAACAGCCAUUGUCAAUUAAAUUAGAACAAUAUCAGACCUUGGCUCAGCAAUACGCUCAAUUGAGGAAAUUAUUAGACAAUGCCUUGAGCAAUAUUGAAACUAAGAUCAAAGGUAUAGAAAAAUCAACCCAAAGUCGUGACUCACCCGACAAAUCAUUCAUCUCCUCUUCAGGUGCUUCUAGUCAACCCUUAUCAUCCCCAAAUUCGCCCUUGACAUUUCCAUCCUCACUUCCCUCCAUAAUCAAUCCCACUAUGAUAGACAAAAUAUCAACUCAAUUAUCUCCUUUCUCCAUUCAACAUAAAUUUCCAUUUGUGUCUCAUGAUGAGCCCUCUGUUGAUACUUAUGAUAAUAAACAACCCCAACACAAUAUUCCCCAAGGAGAAAGUCAUUUACUUAAACCCUUAAAAAAUCGUCUCUUUGACAAGCUCAAAUUCACACCCCUCAUUGAAAAAUAUGGUUCAAGUAAAGCUAAAAGUCAAAAUAUGGGUAAUUUGUACAAUAAUUUUGACGAUCUAUUUCACAGCGAAACCAAAACUGACCCCGAUUUGCAUAGUCUCCCAUCCAUAAGUCCCAAAACUCUUUCUGAUUCGAACGAAUUAAAUGAGUUAGAUCUCAGUCGCUUGUCCCUAAAGCUAAUGGAUACUGCCGAUUCAACACUUUCACUGGUUAGACUCGCUUUUCAAAAAGCCUUAGAAAGUUCUGCUUUGCAAAAAAAAGAAGAUCAAGAUUUUUUGAAAUUCCAUAAAACCUUAUCGAGCUCAAAUUCUAAUGCUAACACAAGCUCAUUCGAUGUAGAAAGUGCUAAGGAGUCUUUGUCUCAAUUAAUUUCUCUUAGCAAAAAUAUCGUUGCGGUUAGGGAUGUACUAGAAACCCCCGAUCUUUAUUUAAAGCGUUUUAGGAUUAAAAUGCCGCGAGAUGUUGAUAAUUUAAAACGCAACUUAGCCAGAAAGUACGACAUAAUAGUUAAAACUAUUGGCGAAAGAUUGAAGGAUUUGGAUAUUCUAGGAUUAUCCAAGAAGGAUUUUGAGAAUAAUGAUAUCAGUGAUGAUUCUCCCCCAGCUUCACCAUUUCAAGAAUUAUUUCAGACGUUGGCGAAUUUAAAGAAUAAAUACCUAUUACCAUCAGAAACUGAAAUCAGUAACACAGAAUCAAAUGAAUACAAAAACGUUUUAUCAAAGAUUAAUGGACAUUCACUUAUCUGGUCGCUCUUACAUAAUGUUGGAAGGAACAGGUCCGCCCUUGACAAUCUAGAAAACCCCUCUGACAAUAUCACAAAUUCAGGGACAUCAUCUUUUACGUGGCCCAAUAUAUUUAGAAGCGAUAACAUCGAUGCUUCAUCAAGUCAAGAUACACCAAGGGAAAAUAACAAUGACAGGAACAGGCGUCAGAUAAUUCGUAUACUCAAAGCUUCUAUCCCUUUACAAAUUCUAUUGUUAUCUAUUCUUGGUUUCGCUUGUUUGUUACCCCUGUCCAAAACUGAUUAUAAUUGUUUGGGCCAAAACAACUUUUUGUCGUCUAUGAACCCCAGUCUAAAUUACCCCAACGGCGCUCCUCCUUUAUAAAAUAUUAUAUUAUGUAUAUUUCUAACAACGAGGUAAUCAUUGUAAAAGAGUAUUUAUCUUGAAAUUAUAUAUAGUUAUAAUAAUAAGAAUAAUUAUUAGUUUCUGAUUCAAAAAUUAUUAUAAAAAUUAAUGUGAUAGUAUAGUCAUACACUUAUAAAAAUUAUAUAUUAUACCCGAAUUAUAUUAUUUUUAGAAUAUUAAAAUUUAUUUAAUUAUACAGGAAUUU